UCUCCGAGAGGAUAAUGUGCUGAGUCUAUCCUGAAGAUUUCAUUUUACAUUACAAGACGUAAUUUCUAAUUGAAAAUCGGCGAAAUUAUUAAAUCGCUUUGAACGAUGGAAAAUAGGAACAAUUUACGGCGGUAAUUUGAAUAGAGACAAAGGUGGAGGAAAAAUCAUUGAGAAAGUUACUUUAAUUUCUUCCUUAAGAAGAAUUAAGGUAUUGUCAUGGAAGUAGCACAAGAAAACCACGACUUACAAACUAAGGAUGAAGGAGAGUUGGACAUUAAAUCCAUCUUACAAACUUUUUUGCUGAUUUCCCAUCCGAAAGCGACGCAACCAAGCUUCACUCAAAAGAAAAAAAGUUCACUGCAACAUUGGAUCUUCUUCUGAAAAGUGUAAAAACUUAUCAGUAUUUCUUUUACAAUGGCAACAACUCAUUUCAUAAAGAGGAAUAUUAUUUUUCCUACUGGAUUGUUUAUCGUCUUGUUGCCAUUUUAUCGAUGACUCAUACGCAACCAGAACUUCAUCAAAAGUCAGCCAGAGCUGUUUUUUCUUUAUCAACGUUGUUGAAGUACAAACAUCACAAGCUUUACAUCAUAAUUAUGCGGACGUUGGUGAAAGUUGUUGAAGAACUUCACUCUUUUGCAAAAAAUGAACUAAUGGCACGUAAUCCAUCACAGCCAUUCCCUGUCUUUGUGGAGCACUUUAAGGUUGCAAGUCCUGGAUCAGUUCCCGACGGUUCGUCACUUAAGUUGGACGCCAUGGACAACGUCUGGAUGUUUCUUGGAAAUAUGAGUGAAAUAAUGGCUCUUUUCGCGUCAGAUUCGUGCGCUUCACUUGGCAGUCACGUCAAAAUUUUGUGGAAAAUAUUCUGUGAUCAAGCUGUAUGGGAGCAGAAAAACGUCCAAGAGGUUUCUCUGCGUUGCUUGAGUGGUUUUCUUCGCUGCAGAUUUUUAAACAUGGAUGCUCAUUGGGACGAUCUUUUUAAUGUUAUCAUUUCGUGUUUGAAAGAUGUUAGAAAUAUCCAUGAGAACGACUUGAGAUCUGCACCAUUUUUGGAAACUUUGGCUAACUUAAUAAAAACUGCAUUAGAAAUAUCUGUUAAACCAAUACCAACACAUCUCAUUGAUGUUCUUGCUAUAACUGUUUCGCAGAUCAGAUUUCAACUAGUUUCAAGAAAUUUCACGGUUUCAGUGAUGCAGAUGGUUUCUUGUCUGUGCAUCCAGCAAAAGUGUUAUGAUUCCGGACUUCGACAGUGUCUUGGAAAUUGUGCUCAUACUUUUAUUGACUUUUGUAUUUGUUCUGGCGAAUGUUUUGAUAAGCGCGUUGAGAAAUGUCUUGCAGAUUUGAUUCUUUUUGAUAUAUGGCAAAGCAAUCAGACCAUUGACUAUAGUUUGCCUGAAACUACGCUAGGUCGUCUUUACGCGAGAUUGAAGGGAAUUAUAAAUGAUGUGCGUGGUCUUGAUGAUUGCAAGGAGCUCAAUAACUUGUGGAUGAAACUAUUAUUGUUACUGGGAUCUUUGUUACAGUUAGUCGAAAGAAAGGACGAUUUUGUUUUAAAUACGUAUCUUGCAUUUCUUGCUAUGGCGGACGGUUUAGUUAAAGAAAUAGCCUUACUCAUAUUCGACACAAUCGAUAAAGUGAAAUCCCCAAGUAAAACACAGCAGUCAAAAGAUGAUAUGAACAUUUGA